AAUAUAGUGACCGGAAGGUCUGGGCCAGUUGAUAGAGAUCCUCGCCCAGUCUCGUGACUACAGGCAUGAAUGGAGAGGCCUGCUGUGCAGAUCUAUGAUUAUACGUCGCGCACGGCCGUCCCUCAUGGAUUAUAUAGCUGUUCAUCACGCCGACCAUCUAUCCAUCCAUUUUGCCCAUCCAAGUCGAAGACGAUGCGUCGUUCUUCGGCAGUCUCGCGCCGGCUGUCGUUCGCAGCGCCCGCUCUCCGAUCUCUGUCCGCACCGCGAGUUCCCUCGGAUGGUGACAGCAAAACCGUUUAUUCUCUUCUCGCUAAAUCGCGCACAUGUGCCGUUGCACUGGCUGAGUCUGCCACUUUAAAUCAAGGAGAGGACCGAUCGUCAACAGGUGUCAGGACCAUGGAUUCUCACGAUGGAAAACCGAAGUCCACCGACAGUGGUCCACGGUUGGAUCUACGUGGGACGCCACGAGCCAUAAUCACAUCAGGCUCGAAGCGGAAUGCCCGUGGGAUCGGGCGGGCGGAUAUCCUCUAAACGCGAGACAGGUGGAUCAGCACAGAUCACGAACAAGUCCGCUAAGACUCGAUCCAAGUCGGAAUCAAGGCCAGCGUCCGGCGUUGGGAGAAAAAGGGACGCGAUCACGUCGCUUUUCAGCCCGAAAAGGCCAGCGAGCAGGAAAGCGAAGUAUGCUAGCGACGGACACCUGCCGAGGAUAGAGGACCAGCUAAUAAGAGGACAACAGAACCAACCGGCGCAGCAACCGCAGCAGCAACCAACGCAGCCGCAGCAGCUACAACAGCAACAGGAGCAACAGCAUAUCCCGCUGCGCCAGGCUGCCAGCGCCUCCUCGCUCGAAGCCAAGAACGAGAAUCCUACCGUGGGGAACUGGGGCUCCCUCGGUAAAGAAGGAGCCAAAGGGAACCCGAAGGGAAACUACAACUCGAAGGGACCCGCGAAGGGUUCCAGGAUGCAGGAGCUUGAGCGUGAGAUCGAGGUGUUGCGCAAGGAACGCGGUCGGCUCGAGUCCAGUCUUAGGGAGGCGUCUUGCGAGGCUCAGAAUCUUCGCGAACUACAAGCUGAACUCGCUUCGAUCAAGGAGCAGCACAGCUUGGAGUUAGAACGUUUGUCAGAGGAGAACGAGACUCUUCGUGCUAGGCUCAGAGACGUUGCUCACUCUCCACUAUCCGAUUCGGAGAAACAACAGCUGCUCUUGGAUGCAUCCAGACUACACAAUUCUGCACCAGCGUCCAUAGCUAUACCUCAAGAUGAAGCUUCUACCCCUGUCACAUCUAUAUCCCACGAUAGUACUCAGUGUACCACUCCAGAUUGGGACAAACAUUCUUCCAGUUCUGUAUCAGAAGUUUCUGUCGCAUGUCUGCAGGAUAGAAUAUUGCAAAUGGAGGAGACACAUUACUCGACAAACGAGGAAUUGCAAGCAACGAUACAAGAAUUAAGCGACUUACAAGCACAGCUUACCGAGCUGCAAGCUGAUAAUGAAAGGUUAACAGAGGAGAAGGAUGUGCUUCUGGAAUCGUUGUGCAGACAAACAGAGAAGUUGGAGGAUUCCCGGUCAAAGGUGGACACGUUACAGGGUCUGCUUUUGAGAGAGGAGCAGCCUCAAGAGUCUUCUAAAGGAUAUAACACGGAGAGGGAACAGAAGCUAGUAGAUCUCUUAAAAAGCGCUCAAGAAGAACGAGAGUCGUUACUGCAGAAGCAAGAAGAGCUGACCUCGGAGCUGAAGAUUCUUCGAGCCUCUGCGGAAGUCAGUGCCACGGAAACGGAGCGGCUAACAAAGUGCGUUCACCUAUUAGAGUCGACCGUGGAGGUGGCAAGCAAUGAGCGAAAGCAAUUGGAUAUGGAAUUGGCAGAGGCUAGGCAGGAAGGAGCGAACAGGAGCAUAGAAAUUAGUAGGCUAGCUACGUUACUAGAGAAUGCACGCGCGAAGAUCGAAGAAUUAGAACAGUCCAGGCAGGUGGAAAACAAAAGCGAGGCUGAUGAACUGUUGGACGCUGCGAGGAGAGAGAAAGACACUUUGGAAACGCAGGCAGCUGCGCUUCAGGAGCAGUUAGCUCGCUCUCAUUGUGACCAUGAUCGUCUUAGAGAUCAAUACUCGCAACUUCAAGAGGAGUACAAAGUAGCGCGAAAUAACGCGAAAUCGGCCAUCGACGACUUAGAGUACCGAUUAAAUCAGUUGAAAGACGAACGAUUGUCCGUGAGCACCGAGUUGCAGCUUGUUAGGGAUUCCCUGGCGGAAUUGCAGGCGCAAUGCCAGAGGCAUUUAGAGGACAAACGGGAGCUGAAAGCUGCCUUGAAUGAGGCACAACGAAGGGAACGCGAAGCACAGACGAGACAAUACGAACUGGAGAGAGCUCUGGCCGAGGAACGGAAGCUGAGGCAAGAGGAGGUCGUCGAGUGGGAGCAAUUCCAAACAGAUCUGUUGAUGACCGUGAGAGUCGCGAAUGACUUCAAGACCGAGGCUCAGAGCGAGUUGGAGCGGGUCGUGAUGGAGAACAAGGCGCAGCGGGAUAAGCUCAGAGCGUUGGAGGCUCAGCUCGAUAAGCUCAAUAAAGCCAGCACUCCAGUCCCCCAAUGUAAGACAUAUGGUAGCAUGACCAGAAGUAGUCGCAAGCCUGCGAGCAAUAUAUUGAAACGUGGUCGUACUAUCGUUAAGAAGCGGCACGACUCUAAGAAAUGUACAUUAAAUUCUAAUGUGUCGAAUACUACAAAUGAUCCGUACUCAUGUCACAUAGAUAACUCGAAGAUCGAGGAACCCGAGGACCCGAUGGUUCCCGAAGUAAUUAAUUUGAACACGGAACCACAUGAUAACUCUAGAUUACAGGGUUCUAAAGAGCCUGUGCAAUUGGACGACAAACUCAUUUCUGGCGAAGAAAUCGAAUUUUGUCCUGUCUUCGAUCUGGGCACGGUUCUGAAUAGCCCAGAUGAUUCGCAUGUCCUACAGAAUCGUACGGAUGACAGUAAGAGGUCCGACGAGUUGUUGAAAAGUUCAGAAGAUUAUCCGAAGUCGAAUAUUCCUGAUGUAGCUACAGCUGAGAAAAGCGCUGUUACAAAAUCAUCCUUACUGAAAGAUAUCAAAGGUAUUCAGAAUGUGGGAAAGGAUUCCUACGGCAUCAGUAUCUCGAAUAGCAAAUUUUAUGUUCCUAUGAAUUACGUUUUCUCCGGUAUGGAGAACGCGAUGGACGACUUGAAGUUUGAGGCGGACCCAGGGAUGAGGAAGGUGUUGCAGGAAUGUACUCGAGGUGCCAAUAGUAUCAUAGAACAAGAAUCUCCUACAUUGAGUACACCUACAGAGCUAGAAACGGACAAGGAGAAUUUGUCCAAAGAAUUUGACACCAUAUCUGAAGACGAGGAUUUUCUCAAUAAAAAGCGCAAGGUGCUUCCAAACAAGACUGAAUCCAGCAGCGAAAACAGUUCGAUUGUAGAUACCGUUCAAAAGAACAAUGUCUCCAAGGCUAAUCUGUGGAAUAAAAAUUAUUCGAGCUCUCUGGAAAACAUCGAUUUCCAUAGGAAAUCAAAAAGCGAGGAGGAAUUGUUGCUCAGUGACUAUGAUGAUAUUAAAAGAAAUACCAUACAUUACAGGGAUAAAACAGACCAAACAUAUUUAAGGCCACGAAGUGUACCAGCUGAGCCUUACUUACACAGGAACUCUGAUCAUCUGUAUCUCUCUAAAACUAACACAGAAAUUACUAGGAAAGAGAAAACUCUAUCAUAUCCUAUUCUAUCUUCCUUGGAAAAUUUGCUUAGAGCUCCUGAUUCGUUGAGUUUAUCGCCAACACAGAAAAUAUCCAAUGAGUUGCAAAAGACCAAGAGCUUGAGUCUGUGCGAAGCGAACAGGUUGAAACGUAUACAGUUCAUGAACACGAAUCUGUCUGAAUCGAAUGAAUCGACUACGGAACAGCAGACUGUGAGUAAUCAGAAAGAAUCGGCGAACGUAAGUUCGAAUGCCAAAGACAGUCAUAACGAUUCCGCGUUCACCGGCAAGGAUAAAUCUCUGAUAGGGAGGACCUCGUCUUUAAGAGAAAAAUUUGAGACGAUCAUUGAGGACGUGGAACUGAGACCAGGCCGGCAAAUAGGUACAAAACGCGACCCUAAUCAGAAGGUGAUGCAACAGCCGCCCCAGAGGCCUGCCAGCACUCCGACCGAUACACAGCAAUGCGUGCUGACCAGUGUGCAACAGGAAAUAGCUGCUAGACGCAAGGCGAACAUUUCAAGGCAGGAUUCGAGGCUGUCAGUAAAGUGUUUGAUAGAGAGCAUUGAGAAUGCCACCAAGCAGGCUAAAGCAGGACCUGGAAGUCGUAGCAGUUCUACCUCCUCCCUUAAUUCCAUUGGAACAAACGACAUAAUGACGUUGAAAGCUCCGCUCAGGGAUCAACAGCAGAUCAAUAACUUAAUCUGCACGGCAAACUCAACCAAUAACAAUAAAACACAAGCGGUGAUAACGAGAAAGCCGUUGUCAGAGACUAAGUCAACACCUGUGGUGUUAAGCCCUGGUGAGCUGCUGGACUCUGCCGCUUUGAAUGCCAAGGCAAUCGACUUUGUGCGUCGCAACAGCGUGACAGACUUGUCGGAGCGCAAAGACCCUCUUUGUGGACUGAUAAAGAACGGAGGCUCGAAACGAAACGCAUUGCUCAAAUGGUGUCAGAACAAAACGUUAGGCUACCGGAAUAUCGAUAUCACGAAUUUCAGUAGCUCGUGGAACGAUGGCCUGGCGUUGUGCGCCAUCCUCCACUCUUACCUCCCACAGAAGGUACCCUACGAUACAUUGACGCCAGUAGAGAAAAGAAGAAACUUCUCCAUUGCUUUCUCCGCCGCUGAGAGCGUUGGUAUACUCACCACUUUGAACAUAGGUGAAAUGUGUCAAUUGGAGCGACCUGACUGGCAACAAGUCAUGACGUACGUGACCAGUAUUUACAAACACUUUGAAACGUAAUGUGUUAAUGGUGUGUGGUCGGUGUUCCGUGUCACCGAGGCGGGUCCUCCUCUCCAUUCAAAUGAGAACAAGAUCAUCUAGUCAACCAAAAAGCAGAAGUAAAAAUUUUCUAUAGGUCAAAAUUUCGCGAAGACUAUUUUUGUGGAUCUUUCCAAGGAUCGCAGGAUCAGCACUGCCUACAUCCCGAUUGCCGUUAAAUAGCGAUUGCGAGCGAUUCGAAGCAGAGAGUACUCGUUUGAAGACUAAACACCAAAUGGAAUUGCUUUUCAUUCUUUUAUUAUGAGACUGAGCAUUUAUAUACAUACGCAUACAUAUAUACAUACAUACAUACAUACAUAUAUACAUGUAUAUAUGUAUAUAUAUAUAUAUACUAUAUUCGCUGCACAGUAUACUUGUAGUAUAGACAGUACUACGAUAUCAGUGUACUGUAUAGCGAGAACGAGGACAAAGAAUUAGAGGCAGGGAUUUUGUAGAAACCGUCGAUUUGUCGGAGCAAAGAGGAAACAGAUGAGAAUUAUAAGCUUUACCGAUGUCUUCUGCGCGUGAAAAUGCAUGCUUCAGUGCCUCCUUGGCAGAGCCAACAAUAUUAUUACAUACUACUGUUGUGUGCAAAAGAAUUUUUCUACGCCACCUGGUCUUUUGCAUGCUUUCUAACGAAAAAGAAAAAACAAAAGCUAACGAGUGUGUCGAGUAUUUCCGUUCCUCGUACCGUGAGUAUUUUUGUACUUGUAUUAUUUUUCGAGAAACUUUUUUGUAAAGUUUACAAAACCAAUGUACAGAACGAAGCGCCUUAAUUUAAAAAAGCGACCUAAUUUAUUAUAUUAGUCAGGUUUAGUAGACUACGAGAAGAAGCCGGAGCAGCAAAUUUUAUUAGCAUCGUUUAUGUUUCUAUACUCAUUUUCGAGAUAUAGUAAGGAACGAACGAACGAAGAUUAAGUUCUCUGUGAUAUAGCGAAGAAAUAGCCCCAAAACAGAGAUAAAAGAAACUUUAUCGUUAUUGCUCUUAUUAUUACUAUUACGAUUAUUAUUAUAAUUAUUACUACUACUAUUAAUAUCAUCCUCAUCGUCAUUGUUGUACCAUUGUAGACAAUAUGCUGUCUGACAUAAAACAAUAAACUUGCCUAAUACUAUCUAAAAAUCCGCAAACAAUUUAACUUUCAAA